CGGUGGCGGGAGUGUCUGCGAUGUAAGGACGACAGAGAAAUAUUCACUUAUUAAAAAGGCUUAAUAUAUUUUUACUUUUUUUUUAGUAUACACGUCGAAAUUUUCCACAAAAUAGAGGAAGAUUUGGAAGACUCUUGGCCGUAUUAGGAGGGAAAGGCGAAGAUGGAAGAGUUCGGUGUUUACGCUGUUUUCGGGGUAAAUGGUCCGCCUCAAAAGUUGCUAAGUGCUGAGGGUGCGUGCAGGGUGUGUGUUGCAGUUCCCCCAUCCGUCCACCAGGUGGUGCUGUUCAGCAGCGGCCCGUGGGGAGAACGCAUCUGCGUCAACGCUGAGCUCAACGACGCCGACCGCUUCCCCAUCACUAUUGGAAAACUGACUCCUUAUAACAAGUGUCUGUCAUGGGAGCAGUGGGAAGAGGAGACAUGGACAGACAGUGUGACACUGAAUGUCACUUUAGAGGGAGGCAACCAGUUAAACUCAGGACCAGAGAUUAUCCUAGCUGUGAAAGAAUACACCCCAAAGGACGUGGUGGCUCCUCUCGCUGCCCGAGAGCUCAAUGGCAAGAGGAAGAGAGAGCGAAUGACUGAGGUGGAUAGCAAUGAUGAAGGGGACAAAGAAGAAGAAGAGAACAUGUCUCCUAAUGGUAGUAAAGAGAAGAACACGCCCGUGCAAAAGCUCAGAGGUCAAAAAUCAAGCAUCAAGAAGCUGUUUCCCAGCGGAGUGAAUGUUUCCAAGACGAAGGGAGCGGUUAAUGGAUCAAAAGAAACCCAGCCAGCGGUGGGAAGAACACCUCCACAGACUGCAGCAAGGACGAAGAGCCGGCAGGCCAAGACUCCCACACAGACUGCUCCACUCGCCGGCCCAUCCGGACGUUGGGGUCAGACAUUGUGCCCCAUAGACUCUCAGACGGCCAUCCUGAUUGGAGGCCAGGGAGCCAGGAUGCAGUUCUGCAAAGAUCCCAUGUGGAAGCUCUGCACAGAGGACAUGUCUUGGGUGGCUGCGGAGACCCUGGCGGAGGGUCCGACCCCUGAGACCCGUAUCGGCCACACGGCCAUCUACGACCGCGACUCCAGGCGCAUCUAUGUGUUCGGAGGCUCAAAGAACAAGAAGUGGUUCAACGACGUGCACAUCCUGGACACGCAGAGCUGGAGGUGGAGCAUGGUGGAGGCGCAGGGGAAGGUCCCCCCGCUGGCCUACCACAGCUGCAGCAUGUUCCGGGGCGAGCUCUUCGUGCUGGGAGGCGUCUUCCCUCGCCCCAACCCGGAGCCCGACGGCUGCAGCGACUCGCUCUACAUCUUCGAUCCCCAGCUCUCCAUCUGGUACCAGCCCAUCGUCACCGGAGACAAGCCCUCCCCCCGCUCAGGUCACUCUGCGUGUGUGAUGCAGCAGCGGUACAUCUACGUGUUCGGCGGGUGGGACACUCCCGUCUGCUAUGACGACAUGCACAUGCUGGACCUCGGUCUGAUGGAGUUUUCUGCUGUCAAAACAUCCGGGAAAGGCCCGUCUCCUCGCAGCUGGCACGGCAGCGCUGUGCUCUCAGACACCAAGUUCCUCAUCCACGGAGGUUACAACGGAAACAACGCCCUCAGUGACUCUUUCAUCUUUGACAUAGAGAAUAGCAGCUGGACAGAGGUGACGCCUCCUCAGCUGUCCGUCCCAAGAGCGGGGCACUCCAUCAUCGCCAUAGAAACGGCCUGCAUCGGCCACUUCUCAGAGGAAGGGAGUGACGGCGGCUCCGGCGGGAAAUCUCUGCUGGUGUUUGGCGGCGGAGACAACGAGGGCAACUUCUACUCCGACCUGACGACCGUUUCCGUGGAGGACUUGCGGGACGCUCUUUAAGGACUGAGGCAGCGACGAUCCCCAAUUCCUGCUUCCUGACUGGACGUGAGAUGGAGAAUGACGAUGUAAUAUGUCACGUGUUGUUUCUUAUCAUGUCAUUUUAAGACCUGGACAAGACCAAAUAAUAGUUUUACUUCCCCCUGAUGCGUCAAAUCUCCGUGGAAGAGCCUGUACUUUCCUUUUCCACAUAACAGUAAUCACCCAAGUAUGUCAUGCUGCACUGAGGGCGAUUAUAACCAGGCGGUACAAAAUCCUGCUUUUAGCGCUGGUUCUCGCCCACACGCUGAGUCAGCACCCUUUUAAUUUGCAAGGAUGAAGCAAGUUUUCAUUCUUUGCACUUGAGCGGAGGGAUGAAUGAACCGGAGGCCCCCGCUCAUUUCAAUAGUGUGUGUGUGUGUGCUCGGCUCUCUUCCCGGCCGCCUCUUGGAUCGCCCCUUUUUCAAUCACCGUGCUGCUGCUCCAUUUUCAUGACCUACAUACAGUCAUUUGUGGGCAGCAUUAAGCACUCAAGCAGCUCCGACCCCAUUUGUCCAUCACAUCGCAUCGGUGUUCGUUCAUAACUGUCAUCUUUCAUGCUCCAGUUAGCGUCACCUUUAAAUUAAAGCAUUUGUGUCUCAGGUUGGUGUUCUUGCACAUAGUAGGUAACAAUAAACCACAAAGACUUUUAAUCUUGAACAGAGGGUCAAUUACAAUAAUUUGAAAGACCCGAAACAAAAUUGAACAAAAUAUAAAUGGUGUUAACUUGUUUGUGUUCAUACAUUUCUUCAGUUUUCAGGGUUAGCAUCAGAAGGAAAUUAUAGGAUUAACACGUCUUUUAGAUUUUAAAAGGUCCACCUUUAUUCCCAGUUUCUUGAUAACUCACUUGUUCUGGUUUUUCUCCAGUAUGAAGUCUCUCAUUACAAUUACCCAAAAUAUUGUUUUUUUAGUCUUAAAAAUAAACAUUGCAGCUUGUGCAGCCCAGUCACAAAGCUGUAAGCUGUAAAUACACUCUGUAAAUACACUCCUACAUCAGACCACAAGAGACGGCUUCUACUGUCCUCGUGUUAAAAUGUGUCACCAAAGCCCCUUUUUUUUUGUAAGUCAAUAAAAGACAUUAAGAUUUUACUUCUUCUUCACAAAA